CUUAUUUUAUCUUCCCUCGUAAUCAUUCUUUCUUUGCCUCUGCCCAGAGAAACCCGAACAAGAAAAUUUCUAUUCUCGAUCGUAUUUGAACCCCAAAAUUCCUCUCCUAUGGAAACCCUAAUCUGAUUUCAAAUCAAUUCUUCAAGAAAAUCGCCAUCAAUCGGAACAAUUCUCGAGAAGAUCAGGGAGAGAAGAAGAGAUAGAAGCGUUGAAUUGGAUCAAUUUCGAGAAAUUCUAACCGUCGAUCGCGGAAAUUCGUUGGUCGAUCUUGGAAUCGGAGGCGUUAGAUGAAAAGGGAGUAGAGAGAAGGAGAGGACUGGAAGAAGGCCGCCGAUCGGACGGAGGCAAAUCAUGUCUGCCAUAGUGUGCGGGAAGAGAUCUAUAUUCGAAGACCUUCCGGCGACGCCCCAAGUUUCCAAAAGAAUCCGCUUUUCUUCUUCGUCUCCUUCUUCUUCGCCCGCACGGUUCUCUCCUCCGAAGUCGCCGUCGUCCUUUUAUAAUCCGUUUGGGACUCGUUCGACGGUCGAUUAUCUCAGGGAGAUUUUCCCGGACAUGGACCCACAGCUUCUGGAGAGAGCACUCGAAGAAUGUGGCGAUGAUUUGGGUUUGGCUAUUAGAAGUUUGAAUGAGCUUCGACUAGGAUCUUCUGACCAAUAUUCAGCUUCAGCUGCUGCAGGCGUAUCGGAUGUAGCAGGGGAAGGAAGUGUUCAACUCCAAUCACAAGUGACAACUAAUGGGGAGGUUCCAUUUGGUGAGGAAAAUCUUUCGAAGGAUGGUGCGGAUUGGGUGGAGCUAUUUGUUAGAGAGAUGAUGAGUGCCUCUGACAUGGAUGAUGCCAAAGCUCGUGCUUCAAGAGUGCUUGAUGUUUUGGAGAAGUCCAUCCAUGCACGUGCAAGUGCAGAGGCAGCGCAAACCAUCCACCAGGAAAAUAUAAUGCUCAAGGAGCAAGUGGAAGCACUUAUUCAGGAAAAUACAAUUCUGAAGCGAGCAGUGUCCAUUCAGCACGAACGUCAGAAAGAAUAUGAAGAUAGGGACCAGGAGCUGCAGCAAUUGAAGCAGCUGGUGUCUCAGUACCAGGACCAGUUGCGGACAUUGGAGGUUAACAACUAUGCCCUUACACUGCACCUGAAGCAGGCUCAGCAAAGCAGCUCGAUUCCAGGGAGGUUUCACCCUGAUGUGUUCUAAUGUUAUUUGAAAUAUGAUUCUUUGGAUAAAUAGUAUAAUAUAUGCUUUUAAGUAUUACAAGCUAGUGUGUAACGAUACGAAGGCGCCUCAGUCUGUAACUCGUCUGUUGUUUGGGCUGCAUAUAGUCGUCCGAAGGUUGCUCUUUUGUGUGCAAAAUAUAAGCAAGGAACAAAGACAAUUUCAGCUGCAUUUAAACACGGUGGCGAGGAUUAGUUCAUUUAGCUAUUUAUUCAUCUCCACUUGAUCUCGACCGAAUUUAAUUCUAACAGUCCAUCGAUUGUAACAGAUGCUGAAAGAUUUAAUUGGAUUUGGGUACUCAAUAAGCUCUUCAAGUC